AUGUCUUCCAACAGCGAAAACCCAAAUACGACGCUAUACGUGCGCAAUUUACCUGAUAAAAUUAACAAGCAAGAACUACGCCAGCAACUCUACUUUAGAUUCCAAUCCUACGGCCGUAUCCUCGACGUCGUUGCGCUCAAAACCGACAAACUACGAGGACAGGCGUGGAUAGUAUUUGAUGUAUUAUCUGCAGCUACCUCCGCAAUCCGCGCUGAAAACGGCAGCAGAUUCUACAGCAAGCCUAUGACAAUACACUAUGCAAAAACUACAUCAAAUGCAACAAAAAUACAUAGAGGCGGUGCAGGUGAUAUGUACAAUGAUGCACAGAAGAAUGUACAGCGUAUGACCAUAUCUAAUGCUUCAGAAAGUAGUCUCGGUUUGAAACGUGCAAGGGAAGCCGAGGAGUUGCAAAGGAGGGACAAUGAUGCGGCUGCUACCUCAAUAAACACCCAAGAUUCCAACAAAAGAGUUAAAGUUGACUCCUCCUAG